GCAAAUAAUAUUAGAUUUUCCGACAAAUUAGAAUAUGCAUCUACACAUUCUGUUAAUUUGGCACCACGUGGGGAACAACGUGAACCAAAUGAUCUCAAAGAAUUACUGCAGGCAUUAAUUUGUACACUAACUUGUUUGAAGGGUAUGCACGAAAUUAAGCCCCAACCGAUAAUGCACAGAGAUGUUCGAUGGCCAAACAUUAUUCGUCAUUAUGACGAAUAUCAAAAUUUUAUUUUAAUUGACUUUGACUAUGCUACCUUUUCCCCUGCCGUUGAGCCUUUACAAGAAUUUUCUGAAAGUGAUCAUGCUCCGGAAAUGCUAAAUAAAAAGCAUGAUUUUAAGGAUGCUCUCGCAUCUAAAACAGAUGAUGAUACCAAGAGAAUCGAUCAAUCUUCAGUUAAUACCACCUUUACCAAAACGGAAAAUUCUAACGAUACUCAUGAACAGAUAGACUUACAAUGUGAUGAUAUUCCUGUAUCUGAUAUAACUAAUAACGCUUCAACUUCUGAUAAUGCACCAAAUUCUGAUGUAUCUUUUAAAGAUAAAGAGAUCGAAUUUCUGGAACGGGUACGUAAAGAACAGAUUAGAAACGAGGUUAGAGAAAGAAAACGGGAAAAGCUAAUACGAAAUAAUAAAGCAUCCGCUUAUCGAGAUCAAGAACCGAUUCAAAAGAAUUUUACACCCAAAAUCGAUCAGAAUGUUUUGGAAGAACCUAUUAAUCAAACACAAAAUACCAUUUCUUCCGAAAUAAAAAUUCCCUAUAAUAAGAAAGUAGAACAAGGUUUAAUCUAUGAGUUAUUUGAAUUUAUUAGAGACACCGAUCCCAUGUCCUUACGAAAUCUAAAGAAAAUUCCAUUGAAUUCUAUCUUCAUUAAACAAAUUUCGGACAUCCCUGUUGAUAUAGAUCUAACUUCAGGUUCCAUACCUCAUUUAGCUCAUUUAUUUGGCAAGGCCGAAAAAACUGGACGAAAAGAAAAAUUGCGAUGGUAUUAUUAUAGUGAAGAAUAUGAAAAAAGAGUUUCAAAUCUUAGUUCAGAAAAAAAUAUUAGUGAUCAAAUGGCGAGAACGCAAAUUUAUGAUGAAAUGAUGCAAUAUCUGCUUGGAAUCAAGAGAGAAUAUUUGCGUAAGAUGACUCAAAAGGCUAGAACUAUCUAUACAUUAUUCAAAGGGAUAGGAACAGAUAAAAUUGAGUACAUUUCAUAUAGCGUCGAUGCUAUUUCUAGUUUAACCGGUACACAAAUUCAAAAUAUUAUAAGUCUUUAUACUGAAAAAUUAGAUGCGCAAGUAUCAUUGUUAGAAUCUCAAAAAUUGAUCGGCGUGAAGAAUUCUUCACGCGCACACGACCAACCGAAAUCUGAUAGCGAAGAAACUUUAUCAGAAACAAAGGUACGCCUUUCAACCACUCCAUCUAUCCCAUUGUCUCAUACCUCUAAUUCGGAAGACGAGGACGGGAAUAAGAAUAACGAUAUAAAUACAAUACUUUCUGAUGACGAAGAAGAUGUAGGUUAUUACUAUGAUUUAGAACAAUAUCCUAAUUUAUAUAAAGAUGGUAAUAGUGAAAGUGUAGAUUAUUACGGAAUUGCUGAUGAGACAUUAUGUCCUUUAUGCAAAUUAGAUCAUGAUGACGAUGAAGAUAUAGAAGGUAGAUAUAAAAUUGGAUCCUAUUAUAUUAAAUGUGAACAGCGAGGAAUUGAAAUUGAGGCCAAUAAAACAUUAACUCCCGAAUAUUUGGAAUGGCAUAAUAAAUUUACUGGAUUACCAAAUGUUUUAACAGAUAAUAUUCGUUCCAAGUUAUAUAAGAGAUACAAGAAAGAAACUGGGUUCGACCCCUGGAUAAUGUCUGAAACCUUCGAGUCCCCACAAAUCGAAAAGGAUGCCGAAAAAAAGACUUUAUUUGUACCGCAG